AGCCGGAACUAGUUCCGGAGUAGCUGGGGUCACACGAAGGGGGAGUGAAACCUUAAAUACUUCAAAAAUGCUGUUACGAAGGGCGUUGCACAUCGGAGGGUUGACACUGAAACACAGCAGGUCCAUCCAUCAUAGUCCCGUAUGGAGAAAUCCCCUCAUACCCAUAGUUGUGGAGCAGACGGGGAGAGGAGAACGAGCGUAUGACAUCUACUCUCGCCUCCUGAGAGAGAGAAUCAUUUGUGUAAUGGGUCCUAUUGAUGACUCUGUAGCCAGUCUGGUUAUUGCCCAGCUGCUCUUCCUACAGUCAGAAAGCAACAACAAGCCCAUCCACAUGUACAUCAACAGUCCUGGUGGUGUGGUGACAGCAGGCCUGGCCAUUUAUGACACCAUGCAGUACAUCCUUAAUCCCAUUUCCACCUGGUGUGUUGGCCAGGCAGCCAGUAUGGGCAGCUUGCUCCUGGCAGCAGGAACCUCAGGCAUGAGGCAUUCGCUGCCCAACGCCCGCAUCAUGGUUCACCAGCCUUCAGGAGGCGCCAGGGGCCAGGCCACAGACAUCGCCAUCCAGGCCGAGGAGAUCCUAAAGCUGAAGAGACAGAUCAACAACAUCUACGCUAAACACACAGGGCAGCCACUGGAAACCAUCGAGGGCGUAAUGGAAAGGGACCGCUACAUGAGUCCCAUGGAAGCACAGGACUUCGGCCUCAUCGACCGGGUCCUGGUCCACCCGCCCCAGGCAGGCCAGGAUGAGCCAGAACUGGUGCAGAAAGAGCCACCAGCAGCAGCCAGUCCCUCACCGCAGGCAGAGACUGCUGCUCCAGAGCAGGUCUCCCCCGGGACAAAUCCCCCCUCCUCGUACAAACCUGAACCAUGAACUCACCAGAGCAGAGCUGUCCGAGAUCUGCAAGCUCCUCUUCAGGAUUCAAUACCUCACAGGUCCCGAGAGCAAGACCCAGCCUCAACAGUGUUUCUCUUUUCUUAAGUAGGUCUUUCUUCCUCGUAUUUAGCACUGUGCAGUCUCUACAGAUAGUACUGCUCUACGUACAGGGAUCAGUGGUGACAUGUCUUCUUAGGAAGGUAUCGUUGGUUUGUUUUUUUUAGUUAUUCAUUUCUGUGCUCUAUGAAAUAUAAGUCAAAGAAAUGAUGGCUCGUGACUGAAAAGUAGUCAGCAGUCAUCUUUCUGAGUCCACACACUGCUGUUUAGAGGAGGGGAAGCCUGUUCAGACGACAAAGCCAUGUCUUUCUGUAGCUACCUGUUGAAGAUGUCUACUGAGGAGUGGAGAAAGCCUGUAUUUGAUAAUUCAUAUUUGUAAUAAAUAUGAGAAUUUUGACCACACUACACAAAA